AUGAUCUCUGCCGGUGAUGCCGAGUUCCCGCGGGAUUACCACACCCUGGCUGCCGGCGGGGGCCGCGGGGUCCGGCGGUUCCCCGACAACACCAACGGGGGUUUCACGUCAUCCUCGUUGGACCGCCGGCACAACUCCAUAGCCGCCAAGAGCCUGGAGGCCCUGAACAGCAUCCACAAGGCAGAUAUCGAGCGCCAGCGGGACGCCCUCAUGGAUCUGCAGAAGAACAAGUUCUCCAACAGCCCGGGCAGCCUGUCGCAGGGCUCCGCCCCCGCAGGACGACAGCAACAACCAAACUACUGGAGCUUCAAGUCUCGCACCCCACGUGUAGCACGCCUCAGCCCGACACAGCCGGCUCUUGCUGAUCAGGCCAGCAGGGUUUCCUUUGCGUCAGCUGAAAAUCUGGAGACCAUGUCGGAGCCUGAUAUGCCCAUUGGCUUUAACCGGAUGAACCGGCUCCGCCAGAGCCUGCCACUGGCACGCUCGUCGAGCCAGGCGAAGCUGCGAGCGCCAGGGAUCUUGUUCCUCCAGCUCGGGGAGGAGACCCGCAGGGUGCACCUGACCCACGAGCUGACCAGCCUGGAGACCCUGAGGGCCCUCAUCGUGCACAUGUUCCCCCAGAGGCUCACCAUGGCCAUGCUCAGGUCUCCCAACACAGCUCUGCUGAUCAAAGAUGAGACCCGUAAUGUGUUCUAUGAGCUGGAGGACCCGCGGGACGUUCAGGACCGCUGCGUAAUUAAGAUUUACUGCAAAGAGCCCAUCUACGGCACCUACCCCGGACACCAACACCCACACCUGGCCAACGGAGACCUGCGGAGGGAGAUGGUCUAUGCCCCUCAGGACUCUUCACCCAACCGCCGCCUGAGCAACCCCCCCAUGUCUUCCCAGCAUUCGUCUUCCUCGGCCUCCCCUCAAGGCUCCCCGUCCCGCACCCGCCUCCUCUACAGCGGCGGCGGUCGGCCAUCUUCCUACGCCGGGCCGGCCCACCACACCCACUCCCUGCCCCACCCGCACCAGCAACCGCACUCCCAGUCCCACCACUCCUCCCCCCACCAGCAGCCCCAGCUCCACCAGCCGCACCACACCCAGCAGGCCUGCUUCGCCUCGUCCAGCGCCAUCCUGGAGCGCAGGGACGUGAAGCCAGACGAUGAGGUGGGGGGGUCCAGGAGCAUGGUGCUGCUGCGGGGAGACGACCGCGGGGGAGGGGGGAUUUACGCUGACCCCUACUCUCUGGGCCCGGACCCGGGGAGGCUUAGUCUCGCAGGGCCUCACUCCCCUCUACCGGCCAGAGCCGACCCCUACGGCUCCUUGUACCGGCGAGGAGGGGGGGGAGGUGGGGGUGCAGGAUCAAUGCGAUCACUCACCUCCUACACAGCAGCCGCUUUACAAGGAGAGCUGAUGGAAAGCGGGGCCCUCUAUAGACCCGGGGGACCGCUUUACAACGACGCCUACGCUGCGUCCAUGUUGGCCAUGGGGCUGCGGGUGCCUCCCCCCUCUUCCCCACAGAAGAUCCCCGACAUGAGGGAGUCCUACGGGGGCACCAUGCCCGGCCGGGGCUCCCCGGGCAGGCAGAGUUUGAGAAGGGACUCUGUGUCCUCGUCUGUGUUCGGGGACAGCCCCAAAGCGCGGGGCCAGGGCCCAGGGAUGGGGCUCACCUCAGAGCAGCUCUGCCUGAUGGCCGGGCCGAUGGGGGAGGGAGGGGGCGGGGUGGGCUUUGGCUCAACUCUGCUGGUGAACGAGCCAGAGACCAGGGAGCGUAUGGAGGCCAUGGAGAAGCAGAUAGCCAGCCUGACCGGGCUGCUGCAGAGAGUACUGAGCAGAGCGCCUGAGGCAGAAAGCCCGGAGAAGAUUGAGUCAGCCAGUGACUGCUCGGGAACCGACACUUUGACACCGUCGGCUCCCUUGGCCCUAAUGCCACCUCCAUCCUCGGGGGGGAACCAGCCCGUGACAGUGUCCCGUCUGCAGAUGCAGCUCCACCUCCAAGGCCUGCAGCAGAACACCAAUGCACUGCGCAAACAACUGUCGCAGCUACGCAACAUGCAGCUGGAGAACCAGGACUCAGUGCUGGCCCUGCUGAGGCAGACAGAGUCCGAGCUCAGCCUCAUGAUGCUGGACGCCAUGCGCACACAGGAGGACCCGCUCCAGAGACAGCGCCUCCUGGUGGAGGAGGAGAGACUCAAGUACCUCAACCAGGAGGAGCUGCUCAUCCAGCAGCUGCAUGACCUGGAGAAGUCGGUGGAGGAGCUGCAGAGGAACUCUUCGGUGAAUCACGGCCUGGUGACGGAGCAGGAUGUUGAGCAGAAGAGCAAAGAGCUAAGGAUGCUGGGAGAAACGCUCACUGAGCUCAAAAACCAGUUCCCCAGCCUGCAGAGUAAGAUGCGGGUGGUGCUCAGGGUGGAGGUGGAGGCUGUGAAGUUCCUGAAAGAGGAGCCUCACCGUCUGGACGCCCUGCUGAAGCGCUGCAACACCAUGACUGAUGCGCUCAGCUCGCUCCGCAGUUUCUUGUAUCCCUCCUAUAUGUACAGACAAAUGACGGAGGGCGUGUGGAAGUGCCCCGAAGACCUCCCCAGCCAAUCACAGAAGAGAUCUGAGGACAUGAGCCGCAGCUCGGACCUGGACAUCCUGAACAGUCCUCCUCUCAGCCUCACGGACAUGAGCUCCUGCUCUGGCCUCGCCAACUGGAUGCCCGUAUCCGCCGGCGACGCAGACCCCUCGGGCCCCGAGCAGGACCUCCAGCCUCUAAUGAGCUUCAGGAACCGGGUCCUCGAUGAGCUGCCGAGUCGGCGGGCUGGAGAUAAGUCCGUGUCAGCUGAAGUCAGACUGGCGGCAGAGCGGGACUGGGAGGAGAAGCGUGCCAGCCUGACCCAGUUCAGCGCGCAGGACAUCAACCGGCUGCUGGAGGAGACGCAGGCCGAGCUGAUGAAGGCCAUCCCAGACCUGGACUUUGCUGCCAGGCACAUAAACAAGCCUGUAGUGCCCCCCAAGCCCCAAAUCACCAUCCCAAUCACCUCCACCACAGCCACUUUUCCUGCAGCUGGCACCACGGGGACCUCGAGCACCACGCCCAGUGGGGACCAGCAGACCAACAAAGUGCAGAUGGCUGCCCAGAAGUUGAACAGCUUGGAGGGGGGAGGUUCACACCGAGGGUCCGUGGAUCUCAGCGUGGCCAGCAGGUAUCGCACAGAGAAGCCCUCCAAGUCCCCGCCUCCCCCCCCACCUCGCCGAAGCUUCCCCUCUGCACACGGCCUCACCACCAACCGCACCGGAGACGUCAUCGUCACCUCCAAGAACAUGAAGAUGGAAGAAGAUGGUGACAUGCCUAAAACUCUGGUGAAGCUGAGGCGGACCCCCUGUGACACCCCCCGCCCCGCCUCCACCCCGCCUGUGAUCGCAGCGUCCGGCAUUCAGGACGACGACGACGAAGAGAGGAUUAUAGCCGAGCUCGAGAUAUUUCAAAGAACACCUGUAAAAGAUUGUAAUAAAAGCACCCAACCAAAGGCCACCCCCACCCCUCCCUGCGUCUUUGGGUCCUUGGGCAGAAAGAACAGCACUCACUCUCCGGGGCCGACCAAGGGCCCCACGGUGGCAGCCCGGCUCAAACACCUUCAGCAAGGCAGCCUGGAGCGGCCCAAAACACGCAAGCAGAAAGAGGAUUUCCCCAAAGUCCAGGGCCAGCAGCAGGUAUUCCACUUCUAAACCCUCCACCUGACGCUCCAUCUGCCUCCUCUCCUCUCUGCUGCGCUUCAGAGGAACCCCCGGCCCACCAGCAGACUAUCAGAGAUUACUCAAACAGCAGAGGGGCGACUAUCUACAGAAACCUUGGUUUUUACCAGAUCUUGGUGUGUGUUAUGACAUUUGAGUUACUGGAUCUAACCUAGCUUGCUUAGAUUUCAAGUUUUUGUCGUUCGAUUAUGUUCGAUGUUUUGAUUUCCAGAGGAUGGUCGUGGUGGUGCUUGUGACUGAUUAAACUAGCUUUACUAUAAUAGUCAGAUCUAUUCACAGACAUCUUUCUCUUCCAUAAUAACCUACAGUGAUGCCACGGAACUAUUUCAUAUCAAAUUGAUAUUUCCCCAUGAUCCAGCCGUGUAGUCUCUCCCUGACUCCUCAUCUCUCACUCUUCUUCACACUGUUUCAGUGCUCUGCUGGUGUUGAACAGCCAAGAGGCCAAUCCAACAAGCUAGCUUACGCUGAACUGCCUUUUAACAGCUCUAAUGCUACGACACAUUAUGCAAGAUGACAAGAGUGAAGCACAAGAUGCAAGGUCACCAGGAAAAGGUGUUUAUGCGGAGGAGCUUUUCAGUUUAAUGUGUGCAGAAACACUUAUAAGAUAGGUAAAAGAGAAGAAAUUGAG